AGUUUAUAUCUGGUACAAUGUAUACGACAAACUAAGAGUCCGGUUUGAGGUGGCCGCCACAGUAUAUCAAAGGUAUUUUUGUAUUGAAACGUGAAAUUGGACUUUUAUUAAUAUUCUAAUCACACUGAUAGCUUUGCAAGGAAUAUAUUGUACGAUUCGGGAACAUAACGUUCCCUCUUUACCUGAUGACAUCAACGCUCAAUUUCUCAGUAUGGUUUGCCAGCAAUGCCAGCUUUCCUAGCCACAGAGUCUAAAGUAUACAUUACGCUGCCAGCUUACUUUGUCACUUUCGCCCCAAACAAAGACGCAAAUACAGCUGCAUCAUCACUGCACCCGACUGUAAACCAGUGCCGACGCCUAUCGCCCACAAUCAUCUCAUCAAUCAUCGUGCCACAUUUCCAUGAGCACAUUUGUCCGGCACAAACUCCCCUUGGUGCCAGUGAUGAACGGCUAAAAACCUUCCGCCGGUGGGAUAUCGCUCGCCAGACGAAUGACAUUUUGCUGCUGAAGAUCCGCCCCGUUCCAGCGGCCAGCAGCAAUUGAGAAAUUUUCUAAUCCUACACACAGAAAAGUAAAUGUUUGUAUAUGCGUGUGCGAGUGUGUGUGUGUGCUUGUGUGGUCGGUUUCGUUCCGAAGUGCAUCACUUUCAGAUUACCGUGUUUCUGCUCUCAAGCGCUCGGCGCCAUCCAACGGCCACAUCGUUCCCGGCCACAUCAUGUCACCGUCCAGUUGAUUGAGCCGGGGGUUGAAAAUUUAAUGCGCCUGCUAACGAUUGGACCCACAUUGAGAGUGUCCGUGUGUGUGUGUGUGUGUGUGCAAGUGUGUGUCUGUGUACGACUCCAUACGGUAGUGAUGCUAUUGAUUUAUAUGUUUAUGCACUUCACGUUCGCUAGCGUACUUUGGGCGUUCGGACCGAGUCCGAGCCCGUCAUCCCAAUCAUCCCCUUCACGAGCACGAUCAGUCGAACAAUCACGACCGCUCGCAACGAAACGUCGCUGCUGCUGCUGCUGCGGCAAGCAAAACAAACAGAUUGUGUCUUUAUCAGCAACCGAAAACCGGGCGCCCCAGCGAACAGGGAAGCGAUACAGGGAAAAGAAAGUCUGGGACGUGCGAUGCAAUCGCACGCUUCCUCUACCGGUCGUCAGUCAAUCGCAUGGAGUGGAUUGAAAUGGCGGCGAUGUUUGAUUGGGAGGCGGGCGGCAGCAGCACGAGCGGUGGGUGCCGGCUUUGAAGCCGAUGAAGGGGUUUCGCUAUUCGGACCCGUUUGGUAGUGAAUCGGGGCAUCCCGUCAGAGCAUCCCGCUCGCGCAAAGAUUAGAGUUAAUCAUUUACGAAGCAAAGAAGAAAGAACCGGAGCUCGCGAGCGUGUUGUUAUUAUUCCCGCGGCCGCUCGAUGUGUGUCUGCGAAACGGGCCCGGUCUGAUAAGCCGACACUGUGGACACGGGUGCACUGGCCGAGCGCUCGAAGCAGGCCAGUCUCUUCCAGCCCGUUCGCGUGUGUAGAUGCAAUCAAAGUGUCGUCCGCCAGCGGUACGAUGGUGACGGUCGCGUUGGAAAGUAGUGUUGUUGCCGCUGCCGGUUUGGCGGCACUGUUGCUAACGCUGGCGGCGGUGAUCGGUACGAGCGGGAACCCGCUCGAAUGCCCCCGGCCGGCCGCGUCUGGCAGCGCCCCAUCCGGUUGGCAACCGCGAACGCCCGAGCAAACGCUGUACGCGUACGUGCGCUGCCUGAACGACUCGUCCGCCAGCAUCGAGAUGAAGAUCCGCUGGGUCAUGUGGCAGCCGGACCAAUCGCCCGAGAGCCAGUGCUACGUGAAGUGUGUCAGCGAGGAUCUGCGGCUGUACGAUCCGGCCCGGCGGCAGUUUGUGCCGGAGCGGUUCGAGCAGCAGGCCCGCGCGUUCCACGAGGAUCCCGAGGCGGACGACAUCCGGACGCUGUACACGGACGCGCACCGGCUGCUGGCGGGCGAGCUGCCCGACAGCGACUGCUCGACCGUGUUCGCCAAGUACGCACCGUUCUACGCGGUGCACCAGGAGCACAUACUGGACAUCUUCCAUGGGGAUCUGCGCAAAAUCUUGGUCACGUACCAGCGGCUCGGGCCGCGCGUCAAACAGAUCGGCCAAAGCUUCGUCGACUACUGCGAGAAGCGGUACGGGUUUGCGUGGGCCGAGGAGGAGCAACGGCCCUGCCCGAAUCAGACCGCGGUGCAGUGUAUCCUUCGCGGGUUCCGCUGGAUCACCGAGGAGGGCAGUGUGAAUGUCGCUGAGAUUGUACGCGAUUUCGAUGGGUUCGGUGUGGAGGCGAGCGAACUGAAGCAAUGCCAGGGGGCGGACGAUCUGUACUGGUGUUUGCGCUCCCUCAAUUCCGACAAGCUGGCGGCAGUUAUACGGCAGCGCGAUGCCCAAACGGCGUUCUACUUUGAUCAGUCGUCGACCGACGAACCGUGGAAGUCGGCCGUCGAUUUUGGCAAUGCACGCCUUAAUCGUGCUUAAAUUCGUACGUCAAGCCAAUCACGAGGAGAACAUGUUGAAAGUUAUUUGUAACGGUUGAGAGAGUGUCGUUGUAACAUUAACAUUAAUAGAAACAAUAAAACAAAACUAAGAGAUAACUGUGAAAUAAA